AUGCCACCGCCGCGCCUUCCCGGACAUCUUCGGCCAUGUCAUCCCUCAGGGACCGCGUACCAGGUCCGCUGCGCCCACAGGAGGACCUACGCACAAUCCUCGACCGUCGGCGAUGAGUCCCCGCAAACCACGACUACGAACAGCCACGAUGGAGAGAGGAAAAGUUGGUGGACUUCAGCUUUGAGCAGAAUUGCACCAUGGGACUCUCAGACAUCAUCUGCCGAACCACGGCCAGAUCCGCAACCGCAACCGCAAGAUGCUCCUACCUCGUACUCAAGCGAAGCGAAAAAGGACCUGUCUGAAGAGCAAACCUCGGAAAUUGGGGCUGGGCAGAUCGCAAGGAUAGUGGAAUCGCUGGCGGAGCGUCAGCGAAGGAUACUGCGUUCGGAAGCACGUACACACGGGAAACAGGCAGACAACACCGAGAGUCGAGAUCAAGACUUCCUUCCAGUGAGGACGUCUAACACCCCUCCAGAGAAGUCAUCAGGUCAACCAGUCGUUCUGAGAAAAGUGUCGUCUUUUCCCGACACUCACAACAAGUGUGAACAUACACGGGAGCAGCAACCCAUCAUACAGAAAGUCCAACGGAGGCAACACCCAAUAGCCAUCAACGAGGAGGACAUUGCUACAAGCCCUCAAAUCAACGACAUUGCGAUCAUACGACAGCAGAUUCAAGGCUUGUUUGAGCAAGUCAAAGCCCUCGAAGCCGCUCUGGAAGCGAAGACCGCGGUGGAUCGGCAACCAUCUUCGACUCGCCAGGAAAAUCACACUUCAUCCACGGAGCAUGCACCGUUGGAGGGAGAUGAGCAGCAAUCUGUGUCGAUGCAGUCGCUAUCAACGAAGAGACCAUUGGCCAUGGGUGGGGAUUCCUCUCGUCAUGCGCAUACAGGGGCUCGUUCCUCAAGGUCUCGUUUUGAUACUCUUCCGCAUAGUCAACGAGCUUGGCGUCAUUCAGUUGUCACAUUAGGCAAGACCGCUACCCGGUUAGAGGCAAUGCGUUCUCCUGCGGUAGCCCCUGUUGCCAGGCAUGUUCGCAAUCGCCUGCGUGUAUUAGAUGAAGUCGCAAAACUAGAGAAUGAUCUCAAGCUUAGGACUCUACUACGAUCGUGCUACAGAAACUGGGACCUUGUUCACGCAGAAGGGGCUGAGCCUAAUCGCGAUCAUACAGAAACCACGCUCAGGGCUCAGAGUAGCAUCGUGUCAAACAACUUGGAGAAAAAGAGCGAUAAUGAGAGAUUGACGCGUCGGCUUCAUACACAGCCCCGUUCGAUGAAGUCAUCAAACCAUAUCAACACGACCACUGAGGAUAGUAUCCAAAAGAGCACGGUAUUUCAGGAGACCUUGGGGACUUCGGACGAAGUACCGCCAGAUUCAAGGCUGAGAUUAGAGCGUUCUACAACUACUUCGGACGAUGUGCCUUCCAAACCAUCACCCAAUACAUCUGAAUUGAGUGAGCACUCGCUUCUUGAGGAGCUCUUUCCGGAAACGAGUAGUACUUCACAACCUCAGUCUGAGCCAAGAGACCGGUACCCAAAGCUCCACCUCCCCGACUCAAUGCCUGUCGUUCGUCGAGAAAACUCCAAUCAUACUCAGUCAUUCAAAGAGCGAGUGGUUGAAUCCUUGCAUAAGCAAGGAGAGCAUGUCACUGUUCUCCAGCUCACAAAUUGCAGCACUGAGUUGACGGAAGCCGAUUUCCGUCGGAUCAUUCCAAAGGGCAAGCACAUUGAAGGUUGGCAUCGAGACGAUGACUUGUACAAGGUCGUACCUGGUCGCGACCCCUUGAGUCUGGAGCGCCUACCCUUUUACUACCUCCUCUUCAAGAGCGCAGAAGCAGCUCUUGCGUACCAGAAGAACGCUUCGCGGCUGCACAAAUUGAGCGCCCUCCAUCAGCCUGCGAAUAUCUUCUCCGCCAUUCCGCCACCUAAGGGGUUCAUUGAAGAAGGCGAAGACAUCACGGCCGCCAUCUCAUCCUACAACCUCUUACCUACACGCCAUCCCAUGAGCUUGAACGUUUUGAUGCAGCCCUACAACCCUGCCCUACGCAACUUGGUUGAGAGAGGCGGCUACCAACCCAUCGCACCCUCGGUCGACGCAAAGGGAAAUCCAAUUUGGAGGGUACUCAUGCAUAUUGAAGGUUACGAGCCUACACCCUCGGACCUUUUCAAGAUCUUCUCUCGCGACGCGUACAAGCACGGCAUGAUUCUGCCUCUCCAUAACGAAUCACAAACGUCGGUCCAUCGUCUCCGCGACAUGAUCAACCUUAAGGUGUCGUCCAAGGCUGUCUCGUCGAGCCGUCCGCGCGCAUACGGCACGUUUGAUCAGUCGAGUUCUGAUUCAGAGAUGACGUAUGAUGAUCCGGCGAUCCAGAGCAUGCUAGGUGGUGUCGAUGAAGAUAGCCCGAGUCAGCAGAACCAACUGGUCAUGAAUCGCGUGUACAAUCGAUGGGUGCUGGAUUUUGACGACGAGGAUACUGCUCGGAGAUGGAGUGUGCGUUGGCACCGUAGACUGCUGCCUGAACUGAGUCAUACAAAGGGAGCGUGGAGAGACAGCGAAGAGGCUAGAAUCUGCAACACUGAGCUCCUGUGGUGA